AGCCUAACGUAAACAUUACCCGGUAAUAAGGGGGCCGAGGAGGGUCUUUGCUCAAAGAUCCUCGCCUCCUCCUCCUCCAACUUCACCGAAGAAACUGGAUCCUCAUUCCUCCGUCUGCUGGAAGUGCCCCUGUCACAGCAUUAGUGUGUCAUCCGGUUGAGGAGUGGAGGAGGACUGAGCCUGGGCGAGAACAAGCUUUCAGCAUCAAAUGCAGAGUUAUAUCAAUGCACAGACACAGACGGCUCUGUCGGCUGCGUAUGGACGGAGCUGCGACUGAAUGAAACCGAAAGCGACUCAUCUCCAGUAAGGCAGCCGAUAGUCCCAGCCUCUGGAGUCUAUCACCCCUCCAGCCAUGAAUAAACAACCAAGCAAGGAGAGUCUCAGGGACAAGGUGAAGGGGAUCUUUGGGCUGGGACCCCCGCGGCCACCGAGCAAACAGAGUGAAACCCGACCGUCGGAGUUCAUCAUUACGACUGAAAUCAUCAAGGAGCUCCAACCGGACUGCGGUCUGAGUAACCGUGUUCGCGUGAUGAACCACGUCUGUGAUCUUGCUAAAACUAAGAAAUUUGAGGAGCAUGCAGUGGAGGCUGUAUGGAAAGCUGUGGAGGACAUGCUGACUCCAGAGCAGCCACUUGAGGCCAGACAUGCUGUCCUGCAGCUGCUGAGGGCCAUCAUACAGGGACAGGGUGAGCGGCUCGGGCCUCUGAGAGCAUACUUUUUCAAGGUGAUCAGAGACUACCAACCGUGCAGCGAGGACCUCUCUGAUAGGCUGGAAGUCUUCAAGGCCUUAACUGAGAACGGGAAAGACAUCACUUACCUGGAAGAAGACAUAGCACGCUUUGUCCUCCUGUGGAUGGACAUAGGUCUCACUUCCGACUUUCUUCACGUUCUUGUGAAUCUGGUGAAGUUCAACAGCUGCUACCUGGACCAAAAUGUCUCCGUCAUGGUCCAGAAAAUCUGUCUCCUGUGCAAUAGAACAACAUCUUCAACAGAUAUUGAGGUGGCUCUACAAGUACUGGAUGCAGUGGUGUGUUACAACUGCCUGCCCUCAGACUCUCUCACUGUCUUCAUCAUCACACUCUGUCGCACUGUCAAUGUCAAGGAGUUUUGUGAAUCCUGCUGGAAGUUGAUGAGGAAGGUGUUGGGGACUCACCUCGGCCACAGUGCAAUCUACACCAUGUGCCGCAUAAUGGAGGAGAGAGUGUACAUGGAGGAUGCACCAUUGUUGAGAGGAGCGGUCUUCUUUGUUGGGAUGGCACUGUGGGGGGCACACAGACUCCCCGCCCUCAAAAACACACCUACCCUUGUUCUACCAUCUUUCUACAAGGCCAUGUCGAGUGCCAACGAGGUGGUGUCCUAUGAAAUCGUCCUCUCCAUCACCAGACUGAUCAAGAAGUACGGCAAAGAGCUGCAGGUGGUCACCUGGGACAUCCUGCUGGGAAUCGUAGAGCGACUGCUGCAGCAGAUCCAGACGAUAGGCAGUGCGGAGUUGAAGUCCAUCGUGUACGAGCUGUUGACCACGGUGGAGGAGCUGUACGAGCAGAACGGUUACCACGGCUCCACAGAGAAGUUCUUCAGUCUGGUGGAGAAAUGUGCCGACAAGAGACCCGAUGCAUCGGUGCUGACCCUCAUCUCGUACAGGGCCCAGUCUAUCCAGCCAGCCAAGGACGGCUGGAUUCAGAGCCUUCACCGCCUCAUGGAGAAAUUCUUCAGGAACGAGACCCGCAGCGUGAUAAGGAUCAAAGUGCUUCACAUCCUGUCCUUCGUUCUCAGUACCAACCGACAGCUCUACGAGGACGAGUUGAUAGAAAUGGUGGUAAUCCCCCAGCUGAGUUGGAUCGCUGAAGACCGGGACCUGGCAGUCCGAAAACAGGCCACCCAGCUGCUGGUGGACCUCGCUGAGGGCUGCAACACGCACCACUUCACCAGCCUGCUGGACAUCAUUGAGCGGGUGGCCAGUCGCUCUCUGGUGUGUUCAGGGCCCCUGGAGGUUUCUGAGAGAGACCCCACAGCAGAGUCACCUAUGGAGGACGUCAGGACAGCUAUACUUGGCCUGCUGGAAAUCCUGCAGAGCAAGCUUUACAGCCUACCAGCCGGUCACGCUAGUCGCGUGUAUGAGUUGCUUAUCAGCCACCUGCAGCUUCACUACAAGAACAAAUACUGUUCAGCUAUCGCUUCCAGUAUUAGACUACAGGUGUUUGCCUUCUUCCUGAUGAUGCGAGUGGACGCUCUUCACCGUCUCGGAGUCCCCAACAAAGACGGGGCCAUGAGGUUCAGCCCUUACUGCUACUGUGACACAGGGGAUCCAGAGAAGCGUGUCAGUGAAAAGAAGCCUGCAGGUUCAACUUCUCCUCCUGCUGGCAGCCCCGCUCCCCUCACUGCUCCUUCUGCUUCAACAGCCUCGAUGCGCUCAGCCUACCUGCCCUACGCACCGGCCUUCAGUGUCCUCCUGCAGGGCCUCAAGAUGGAGACCGAUUGGAAGGUGCUGAAGCUGGUUCUGGACAAGCUGCCGUGGACGCUGCAGUACAAAGUGCUGCUGCUCACGUCCCCGUGCAGCUUGGACCAGCUCUGUUCUACACUCUGCUGCAUGGUGACAGAUCGGCUGAUCUCGGAGCGCUUGAAGAAGACCCCAGAGGGGUUUUCUCGCACUGAUGUUCAGCUGGCGGUGGUUCCUGUCCUCACAGCGAUCACCUCCUACCAUAACUACCUGGAGCAGUUGAGACAGAGAGAACUGGUUCAGUGCCUCGAGACCGGCCUCAUUUACCGCUGUGCCAAGCAGUGUGUGGUGGCGCUUACAAUGUGCACGGUGGAGAUGCCUGACAUCAUGAUCAAGCUCCUCCCCGCGCUUAUCGUCAAGCUCACACACAUCUCUGCGACUGUUGCCAUGGCAUCACCUAUGCUCGAGUUCCUCUCCACGCUGGUGCGCCUGCCCCAUCUGUAUGCCAACUUUGUAGCGGAGCAAUAUGUCAGCGUGUUUGCCAUCUCUCUCCCCUACACUAACCCUUCUAAGUUCAACCAGUACAUCGUGUCUCUUGCCCACCAUGUGAUUGCCAUGUGGUUCAUACGCUGCAGACUCCCCUUCCGCAAGGACUUUGUUCAGUACAUCACAAAGGGUUUGCGUUCCAACGCCCUGCUGCCAUUUGAUGACGGUCACGAACAAAGUUCAUUUCGUGCCCGAAGCACCAGCCUCAAUGAAAGGCCCAAGAGUCUGCGGGCAGCAAAAGUGGCGAAGGCGGCAGCGGCGGUAGCCAAUAGCAGCAGCUCUCCAGUUAAAGAGCUGAGGGACCUUUCUGCCAUGGAUGCUUUCCGCUCCCGCAGCAUCAGUGUCUCGGAACACGCGGUUCGCAGGAUGCACACCUCAACCACCACCUGCAGUCUGGGCUCCGCCGAUGAAAACGCUGUGACUCAGGCGGACGAGGGGAUGAAGACUGUCCACCUGGAGCUCACAGAGACAUGUCUGGACAUGAUGGCACGAUAUGUCUUUUCCAACUUCUCCGCCCUGCCCAAGAGGUCUCCCAUCGCAGAGUUCCUUUUAACGGGGGGUCGCAGUAUGACCUGGCUGGUGGGCAACAAGCUGGUGACCAUAACAACCAGUGGAGGGGUCAGAACGCAAGCGCUGCUGGGCCUGGACAUGGCUGAACGGCUCGGAGGAGGAGGGGAAAUGACGAGGUCAGAUCCAUCACUCCACACCCGGAUCACCAAAGAGGCUCCAGCCAAACUGGAGUCACAGACGAGCCAGCAGCACAACAGAGCCACACGCAUACGGGUCCGCUCCAUGUCAGGUGGCCACGCUCUACGUGCCGGUCCUGCUCAGAGUCUCAGUCCUCUGGUGUCCCCCUCUGAGAGCGAGUUAGCUGCUCCGCUCUCUCCCCCCUCUGUCUCCACGCUGGAUGGUCUGGGUCCUCCCUCCUCCACCUCUGCAGCCCCGUCUGCUCCCCCGCCUCUCAAAGACAACCCCAGCCUGGCUGAGUUUGUCCCCAUGCUCACGCAGGGCUGGGCAGAGAUCUUCAUACGGAGACCGUCUGGAAACACAAGCUGGCUGAUGUGUCUGGAGAACCCACCCAGUCCCUUCUCCUCGGAGCUCGGCAACAUGCCGCUGCAGGAGCUCUCCACUGUCCUCAUGGCCAUGGAGGGAGUGAAGGAGCCUCCUUCGCAGACGGCCAGCGCUCCCGCCAGCACCGCUGCUCCUGCACCAGCCCCCGUCUCCGAGCCGCUGACCCAAACACACGGCAGCGUCGGGGGGAAGGCAAACCUGAUUCAGCGCUCAAACACCGUGGGCGGCGCUCUCUGGUCUCUGGGUUCGGGCUCUGCCCCCCCAGGCCCUCCAGCCCCCGGCAGGUUGCACAGGAGCAUUUCCUGGGCAGACUCUGUGGUGGUGCUGGAGGAGGGUUCAGGGGUCCCCACAGCACACACCCCUGAUUGGCUGGAGAGUGAAGAGUUUGAGCCAAUGACCUCUGAACCCAUCUUCAUGUCUGCGGACAAGUUCACGAAGACCCCGCCGCCUGGAACGCUCAGCAGGUCCUCCUCAACCUCCAGUCAAGAUGAUGAAAAGUCAACGCUGGAGGAAGUGAGUGAGGGAGCCAUUCCCAUCGAUCAGCCCACUAUGGGGUCCUCCACCCCAGGCAGUCAGGGGCCUGAACUUCCCUUCCAGACCCACACUCAGUCCCAGGGUCAUGGACUUAACAAGUCCAGCUCCUCUCCAGAGCUCCAAACCUUACCCGAAGCCUUCUCCAAGGCCGCCAUGGAGUCCGAAACUACGCCAGGAGACGCAUCGUGCCCCAAAGCAGCUUCAGACAGCAAGCCUCAGCCCCAACAGCCUCAUUCUGAGAAGGAGAAGGAGAAGGUGGAGGGAAGCACAGGAGGGGACGCUAAUGGACUGGGGGGUCAGAGUCAAGUUGGUGAAAGCCCAGGUGUAGUUUCAUCUCAAAGUGGAGGAGCGAGGAUGAGGUUGGAGUUUCCAGCAGCAGCUGCACAACCCGGCCCCAUCUCCCCCAGCGGAGGACACCGACCCCGGGGUCACACCAUCUCAGUGUCGGCCCCCUCCUCCAGGAGGGAGAGGAGGACAGAGAGAGACCUGUACCACAGUCGACCUGGACCCAGCAACACAGAAAAGAUCUCUGGACUGAGCCCCAGCUUCGUCUUCCUCCAGCUGUACCACUCUCCUUUCUUCGGGAACGAAGCCAACAAGCCGCUGCUGCUGCCCAAAACUCAGGUGAUUGACCGUGCUGUGAAGGUCCUGGACCAGAUGCCUCCUUAUGACACCCAUAAGAUCGGAGUGGUGUUUGUAGGAGCUGGUCAGGUUAACAAUGAGGUCGCCAUCCUGUCAAACGAGUACGGUUCAAACCGCUACGCUGCCUUCCUAACAGGCCUGGGCAAAUUAAUCCAUCUGAAAGACUGUGACCCCGACCAGAUCUUCCUCGGAGGGCUCGACCAGUAUGGAGACGACGGAGAGUUCACUUACUGCUGGCAUGACGACAUCAUGCAGGCCAUCUUCCACAUAGCCACACUGAUGCCAAACAAGGAGAGCGACAAAGGCUGCUGCAACAAGAAGCGUCACAUUGGCAACGAUUUUGUCAUGGUGGUGUAUAACGACUCUGCAGAAGAGUACAAACUGGGCACCAUUAAGGGUCAGUUCAACUUUGUAGAAGUCAUCAUAAAACCACUGGAUUAUGAAUGUAACCUGGUCACCCUCCAGUGCCGCAAAGACCUGGAGGGACUAGUUGACACAACAGUGGCGAAAAUCGUUUCAGACCGCAACCUUCCACUCUUAGUCAGACAGAUGGCUCUGCAUGCAAAUAUGGCCUCUCUGGUGCAUCAGUACAGAGCCAACCCCUCUGAUGCCUAUGCCUCCAAGUGGCUCGCGAGAUUACGACACAUUAAGAGGAUCAGGACAAGGGCCCAGGAAGACAUUCAGUCUCGCUCGACUCCCGGCAUCUCUCUGACCCAAGGACACACUCAGCAGAACAAGUCUUUCCAGCAGAGCACUCCAGCACAAAACCCAGAAGUGUCCGGGCAGAGGAAAAGACUUGUAUCAACAGUGGAUGAUUUCACUGAUUUUGUUUGAUUACAUUUCUUGUCCUGGCAGACUCGCAAACACACACACACACACACACACACACACCUGCCUUAGAGUGGAGGUCGGUUUCCUUUCAUUUCUGUGUGGAAGAAUUCAGGACGAUGCGCUUUUCCCAAUUGGGACUUUGUAUUGGAAAACUUAUGAGCUUCAUGGUACCAUAAAGGCUUAUUUUGUGAUGAAGUAUUGAUAUUUAAGACGGUAAUUUCUGCAUAUUUUUACGAGAAUGCUAAUGCUUUGCACUUUUUAGAUCUAAUCAUGAUGUUUCAGAUGUGCAACAUGAGAUGAGUAAAGUUGUACAGAACACUACGUUAGAGAGCUGGGUGUGUAUGUGAGUAAAUGUGUGUGGAAUAAAAAAAGGUUUUAAAAUUGGA